CGCCGCGUUAUCACAGUCGCGGUGUAGCGCUGGUGCGACGCAGUCGUCGGUGGUCGUCGCUUGUUCCGCGAUUCUCGACGUAAGUUUCGGUCCCGUGCCGGCGCCGUCGUGACCUUAAGGACCUAUUGCUGUGAGAGGGAAACUGUUCAGAAACUUGUACUACAGUGUUAAUUAAGUGAUAGUGAGACGUUUUCAAGUGAUUGAAACUUUGAACUAGUUCCGAUAUCAGCGCGGUUUCUGGACGAAACUGUGGCUCGAUUAUUGAGAAGUGGAAGUUGGGUUUUUCUUCUGUAACGGUAAUUCACGCCUUGCCGCCUACAAGAAGUGAAUUUGCUGUUGAAAAGUGAUACUACUCCUUCCAUAUUUAACUAUGCCUUCGAAAGUGAAUCUGUUUGCUUGAGCGGUUUGACAGUCGCAUGGAACAGUAAACAGUGUCGGCGCCGUGUAUUGAAAUGUGAAUCUUUUACGUGGUGUUGAAGCGUUUGUGAAUUUAUUACCGAGUGUACCGAUGAAGUUUAACGUGUGACGGCUUAUUGUUCUUUUGGUUUUCUGACAAUCUUUCGAAAUGGAGACCGAGGAGCUUACGAAACUCGUCGAUGGAAUAUACAAGAAUAUUCUGGACAAAUUCAACCCGGGCGCUCGGCAGAUGAUCACGGCGGGGAAAGCCUACCUGAAAGCUUUACACGGAGCGGCGGCGGCGUCCCGCCUGUACGUGGACGCGGUGGGCAAGCUCGGCCGGCAGGCGCAGCAGGGCACGUGGGGCGGAUGCGCUGAUAUAGGAACUGCCCUCAUGAAGGUGGUGGAGGUCUACCGUGAAAUUCAGGAUCAGCAGAUGAACAUUCUGAAGGCAUUCUACGUGGAUCUGCUGGUCCCGUUGGAAACGAAUCUGGAAAAAGACACAAAAGUGGUCCAGUCGGAACAAAAGAGGUUUCUCCAGCAACACAAGCUGCGCUCAGAGAGCUACAGCAAGGCGGCGGCUACUAUCAAGAAACAGAGGAAAAAGAACACUAAAGUCUCCAAAGCCGGAUCAGCCAUGGACAAAGAAAUGAAGAAUAUGCAGAUAUUGGAAGAGGAGAAGACCAAAUUGGAUGCGUUUUGCGAGCAGAGCUUGAAAAAUGCAAUGACGCAAGAGCGCCGCCGCUACGGCUUCGUGCUCGAGCGCCAGUGUUCACUCGCCAAGCACUGGCUGGCGUACCACAGCGCGGGCGCCGGCGCCUACACCAGCGGCCUGGAGGAGUGGCUCGAGGUGUCCCGCACCCGGGAGUACCUGCCGCCCAAUGUGGAGGCCAUGUUCGUCAGCAGGAUGCGGCAAGUAUCAUUCUGGGCGGACGAAGAGAUCUACGCGAGCCCCCGCAUGGGCGACGACGAUGACCGGGCGUCAGUCGGGUCCGCCCUCCGCAAGACCAGGUCGGUGGACGCCUCGUGCCUCGACGUGCGCUCCAUAGCCGAACUGGGCUCGCCGACCCAGGGCAUGUCCAGGGCUAAAUCCGACUUCAACUUGCAAGCCAGCCUGCAUGGGGAACCUGACACGGACUCCCGCAUCGCGACGCGUCCGACGUCGCUCGCCCCGCCGAGCGUGACUUCCCGCGAGCCACCCCUAGCCAGGGCUCUAUACGCCUACAACGCAGCCGGAGACAACCAGCUGAGCUUCCAGCAGGGAGACAUGCUGGCGCUGCUCGGGGAGAGGACCAAGGGCUGGCAGUACGGGGAGAACUUGAGGACGCACCAGGCCGGCUGGUUCCCGCUCGCCUACACUGAAGUUGUGGCUGGAGAGGAGACUGCCUCACCGGCACGCUGGAGCAUGGCGGCGACGCCGGGCGAGGGCCCGCCCCCCGCGCCCCUCUCGCACGCUCACGCGGGGGCGGCGCACGCGCACCCGCACCCGCCCCGGAUGUUCGGGGACACCGUCACCGCACACCAUGUUACCAAGGGUCGCCUGGGCAGUGGCUCGCCCGGACUGCCGCCGACUCUGCCAGCCCCGUCCCCUAGCGCUCUCAGCUCAUCAGCCAGUGCCACCUUCCACUCUUCGACCCCGGCACCAGCUAUUCCUAGCGCCAUCAAAAACUCCACAUCCGCUGCCAGUUUUACCACUCACGCUGUUAUUGAAACCAGGAGCUUCGGCCCGCAGACUCUCCCGUUGAGGUCUCAAGUGGCUGCUAAAGCUGGUCCAGCUAAGACGGUGGUGUCCGCCGUGGGUGCAGUCGGUAACGUGUCACUGCACAGCUCCAAUGACUCCGGGUUCUCGAACGAGCCUCCGCCGCAGCCCGAGGUGGACUACAGUGAUGAAGAAGCUCAAAGACUACGAGUCCCUAUUAGUAAACCUGCUCAGAAAAACAAUGACCACCAAGGUUACUUGUCCAAGACACAAAGCCUAAAGCGUGGCCCCAAACAACAACCGAAUAAUCAUGCCAAUGGUUAUCUUACUGAUGAUCAGCAAAUAAUGCUACGAUCCAUGCUAGAUAUGGACAAAGACUCACAGAAGGUAAAAAGAACUAAAUCUUUUUGGAAGUUUGGCCGGACUACAUCUGAGGAAAUUAUGGAAGGUAUGUCACUCUGGCAACAUCGAGACAUUGUUGAUACUGUUCCCGAAUACAAGAAGAAAAUACUUGUUAAAAUGCAGAAAGAACUCAGACCUGCACCAGAAGUACCCGAUGUAAAAAAGAAAGCGUCCACAGAGAAAUCACCUUCUCCUGAGAAUGUUAUGCAACAUCCAAAAGAAACAAUCGAUAGAAGAGAUGUGAAAAUGAAUGGUAUCCGCCAGUCAAAAAGUUUAAGUUCGAUUCAAAAUGAUGAGAUCCAAGAAAAGCACAAGAAAAUGGGUAAUAACUACCAGGAUCAGACAAUGAAAAAGAAAAGCACUUCUGAAAAGUCUAUCAUUGAGGAAAAGCCAGAAGAUUUUGUACCGCGUAACGAGUCUAGACAUUCGGAUAUGACUAAUACAAGCACAAUCAAAACUAACUUUGAAAACAGUUUUUACAAUGAUGAAAAUGGGGAUGGAUUCGUGAUGAAAACCGUGAAACGCAGAGAAAUAUUGCAAAGAUACGAUAAUGAUAGCAGCUCUGAAGUGAACUCUGUAGCAUCCAGCGCAGAUCGCUAUGAUUGCAUUAUUGUAAAUGAUCAUAUGACUUCAAGAAAGAAACAUGACAUGGACAGACGUCGACCAGAUACAGUCGAGGAAGACAUUAAAACCAGGAAAGAAAAUGAUUAUAUGCCAGAAUUUGAGGAAAUAGAAGUUACUCCAAUCAAACCACACGUUCGUGCAACAAUGGGAACAGAUAAAACAAAGAAGUCAUCCCACGAUCGAUCACCUCCCAAAACGAUGGAGUUUAAAACAUUCAAAGAUAACGGUAACGACAUGAAAUCUUUUUCAGCUUCUUCUGAGACCCUCAAAUACAAAGACAAUGAACCACAAACUGAUCGUUAUGGAAUACCAGUUGAAAGAAACAACAAUCAUAUGAGAAAUGAGGAUUAUGAUGAGGGCACGCUGAAACAAAGAAAAAGGUCAAGCAAAGAUGAAAAGACACGGAAGCACACAUUAGAAAAUGGCAAGAAUCAUAGCAGCAAAGACUCUGAUGUACGAUCCCCGAAAAGGGAUUCGCGUAAUUUCGAUGGCCGAGAACCAAGGGCUGAUUAUUCAUUAGACAGACGUCAAAUGAAGAGAGACUAUUCAGAGACCAAAUCACGAGAUACAAAGUCAAAGGAAAGAACAAAUAGAAGCUACGAUGACAGCACCCUCCCGUACAACGGUCGCCGCGAUGACCGGUAUUACGAUUCAAACAUAUCGUAUUUCAGCGACCAAGAAGCUCGAGUGUCGCGGUACGAUUAUGAAACUGAUUCCAAGAAGGCAGAGAAGUCUAAAAUUCGGCAAGAGGAAGCCCGUUUGGAGGCGAGGCGUUUUGUUGACCGCCGGAGCGAGGGCCCGUACAGUGAGUCGGAUGACCAGAAGUUCAACGAAGCUCUGAAGCAGCAGAGACCUCAACUGCUGCCGAGGACCAAGCUAAUGAAGAGAGCGGGCGAGGGACCGGACUUGCCCGAGGACGGACAUACCUUCGGCCCGUGGUACGAUUUGUGGGGCCGCGAAACUGCUGUCUACAAAUAAACUAACAGGGCGCAGCAGUUCGCCACGGUGAAGCUCCG